UCCAAACGGUACUGUAAUUGUUUGACAGGGAAGCUGGUGGUCAGAACCCCGUGGAAAGAAUGCCUGCCGAGGUCUCUGGUGCUUACUUUAAAAGGCCCAGUCUCUUCUGGGUGGCUGUCAUUACUGGAGCCUUUGGUUAUUUCACUCUACAGGUGUUUUGGCCGGAGAGCAUACCGUACAAGAGCCUGGGACUCUGGGGCAACUUCUCCAAGUAUCUGGUGGACCAAUAUCACCCCCAUUUAUGUGUUGGCUACUGGGUGGCCUGGUUGGUCCACUUUGCUGAGGCAUUGUACAGCAUUAAACUCUGCAGUGACAAAGGGAUCACAAGCCUCAGAACUCGAGUGAAAUGGGCAUUUCAAACAUGCCUGUUUGGGGCCGCCUCUCUUCAGCAACUGUGCUCAUACAAACCAGAGCAGAAGGAAAAGUGAAGACCUGAUGAUACAACCACAUUCCUCAUCUCUGGCCACAUUAAGCUCAAAGGCACUUUGUUUUCAGGGAAAUUGUAGUCUUAAGGUGAAUGGUGUUGAUAAUAAUGUGACUAACUUUUGAUUGUUUUCUACAACCAAAUCAUUGACCGUUCUCACAUACUGGUUCAUUACUUGUAUCAGUUUAGGUUUUCAAGUCAUAAUGUCAAGUCACCUACUUAAAAUGUAUAAUAUGAUUUUAUACCCAUAGCAAUCUUUAGAUGCCAUCUAAGUCCUGAUUUAGGUCCUGAAACCUGUUCCACUAUUGAACCUGUACCUCAGUUUCAUAUUCUGCUUUGGUGUGUUUGUCUCGAGAUCCUCAUCCAACAAAAAUCCAGCAAUUCCAGUCUUGAAAAGUUCAACUGGCGAUUUCCAAUCUUUUCAUCGACAGAGAGGAGUUCCAGUUUUGAGUGGAAGAUAAUUAUCUUUGUCUCCACAGACGAACAGCUCAGAUUAUUUAUUGAGGAUCUAUAGGAGACUGUUAUGAACGAGGUAUAUUGAUGUCAUUUGAACAACUAAAGAAUAAAUAUAAAAUAUCAAAUAACACUUCCUUUUGUUACCUUCAGUUAAGGGCUUACUUAAAAGACAAACUGGGUCAAAAAUGUUUUUGCCAAAACCCAAUGAAAUUGAAGUUUUAGUUCAAAAAGGAAAAAUUUAAAAAUUUAUUUCUUGUAUGUAUAAUUUGAUUCAAAAACAGACAAUUAAACAAGGAAUCCACAAGUCAAAACAAAAAUGGGAAACAGAUCUGAAUAUUAAUAUUGAUGAAACAAAUUGGUCAAGACUCUGUCUUGACAGUAUGACAAAUACAAUAAACAUUCAACUUAGAUUAGUACAAUAUAAUUUUUUACACCAAUUAUAUAUUUCACCGCAAAAAAUAAAUAGAUUAAAUUCAAACUUAUCCAAUCAAUGUUUUCGGUGUCAUCAAGAAAUUGGUACUUUCUUACAUUCUACUUGGUCUUGUUCUAAAAUUCAACCUUUUUGGAUAAAUUUAAGAGUCUUAUUGGAACAAAUUACUGGAACUCAACUUCCACAUAACCCUGUAUUAUUUCUAUUAGGUGAUAUUGAAGGGAUAAAACCGAAACUUAAACUGAAUAAAUAUCAGAAAGAAUUCAUAAGAAUUGCAUUGGCAGUAGCCAAGAAGGCUAUAGCAGUUACUUGAAAAUCGGAUUCGUAUUUAAGUAUGAAUGGUUGGAACAAUGAAAUGUCUAGUUGUAUUCCACUCGAAAAAAUUACUUAUAAUUUAAGAGAUAAAUAUGAUACAUUUUUGAAUAUUUGGCGCCCUUAUUUACGAAAGAUAGGAUGGCAUAUUUAAUUGCUCCGAUGAUAAAGAUAUUGGUCCCUUCGGGAAAGUAAUAAAUAAAUAUACUAAAUUUACUUUGAAUCCCAUGGAGCAUGUGGAAACCUUCCAAUAUCCAGGCAGUUCUUCUUUCUUUUUCUUUUUUUUUUCAGUUAGGGGUAUAUA